AUGAAGAAAAGGAACACAUUGCCAAUUAUAUACAAUGGAGAAAGCAUUAGUGAUAAUAAGAGCUACAAAUUAAAAAAUAAAGAGAAUGGACAAGGCUUAAGAAGAAUUUUUACCGAUAAUGAUGAUAUUGGGGAGAGUAAUAAUAAUAGGAUGGGUAGUCCAAUUGAUAUUAACAAUGUUAACAAUAUCAAUAAUAACAUUUAUGAUAUGGAUGAUAUUUAUGAUAUGGGCGAUAUUGAUAACAAUGAAAAUAGUGAAAAUGGUAUAAUUAAUUUCAAAAGAAGAUCAUAUUCUCAGUCUCAAGUAAUAAAUAAUAAUAAUAUAAAUAAAAGACGAUCGAACAUUAGAAGUUUUACAAUGGUAGGACCCAAUAAUUUUACAAACAAUAAUAGUAAUAAUAGUAAUAAUAGUAAUAAUAUCAGUAAUAUCAAUAAUAUCAAUAAUAUCAAUAAUAUCAAUAAUAUUAAUAAUAACAGUAAUAAUUAUCCUGGAAAUGAAUAUUUAAACGAGAAUUAUCUUAAUGAUUGUAACAAUGAUAAAAUAUUGCUAAUCGAUAAGAUUCCAUCGGUUAAACCAUUGGCUAAUAAGCAAGAUUUAGAAUGGAAUAAAAUCGAUGUGUUGGAAGAUGUCAAGUUGAUUUCAACUAAUUCCAAUGUCAACUUCAAUAACUACAACUACAACGAAGAUAAAUUGAACGACUUGAAAAGAAAUCAGAUCAACUUGCUCAAUUCCAUUAAGUUGUUGAAUAAGAACAUUUCGAUUAAGAAUGACCAGCACGACUCAAAGAUUUGGGACGAGUAUAAUAUCAAGUUGGAAUCAAUCAAAAAACUCAACUUGUUGUACAAUAAGGACUACUUUAACACGAUAUGCCAGAGCAUGAACGACAUCCGGCUGGACUUGAAAGACGUGAGCAACCUGAUGAAGAAGCUAGACACACGAGAUAUACUUUCUGAGGAAGAAGAGCCUGAGGAGGUUUGA